AUUAUGAGUAAUACAUAUUCGUUCAAGCUUGAUCACCCACCUAUGUUGACAGCCCACAUUUCCCUUCGUUCGUUAGACGUGUCACGUGACUUAGUUCGUCUGGUCCAGUCGCAAGUAAAGAGGUCUCUCUGACAUAAUAUCUAACAAAAUGCCGGGUACCAUCAGAAAGAAUUAUGACUUCGAUGUCGCUGCUAUUACAGAGUCCCUUAGGGACUCCAUGGCUGGAUGGGGCACAGACGAAGAACAACUGAUAAGUACCAUUGUUGGUUUUAAUAAUGAACAACGACUGGAAAUAGCACAAUCGUUUAAAGCGGCUUAUGGAAAGGAAUUGAUUGAAGACCUUAAAUCUGAAUUAAAGGGCGAUUUUGAAGAAAUAUGCGUUGCUAUGUUUGAACAUCCUCGCAUGUAUGAUGCUAAGCAGAUACAUAAUGCUAUGACAGGUGUUGGUACUGAUGAAACAACCAUUAUAGAAAUUAUGUGUACACGCAGUAAUGAUGAAAUAAACGAAAUUAAAGAAAAAUAUAAGGAAGAAGUUGGAAAUGAAUUAGAAGAUGACCUACAAGGUGAAACAUCAGGAUAUUUUGAGAGAUUACUAGUAUCAUUGUGUGCUGCUGGUAGAGAUGAUAAACCAGGUGUGGACUAUGAACAGGCGACCGAAGAUGCUCAAAAGUUUUAUGAGGCUGGUGCUGCUGUUUGGGGUACAGAGGAGGCUGAACUGAACGCCAUUUUAUGUUUGAGAAGUCAUCAACAACUUCGUCAAACAAUGAUUCACUAUGAAAAUUUGACUGGUUGUACUAUGGAAGAAACUAUUGAUAGUGAAUGUGAUGGAAGUCUACAGAAUGGUUAUUUAGCUAUAGUGGAGUCAACUAAAAAUAUGCCAGGAUAUUUUGCCAGAAGACUAAAAGAGAGUUUUGAAGGUUUGGGUACCAAAGACACUGAUCUUAUCAGAAUAAUAGUUUCAAGAAGUGAAAUUGAUCUACAAGAAAUAAAAGAAGCAUACGCUGCAAGAUAUGAAACGGCUCUAUCUGAUGCCAUUGCCAGUGAAUGUGGUGGAGAUUAUAACAGGAUGUUAUUAGCCAUUGUUAAUGCGGAAUAAAUUAAAUUCGCAAUUGUUAAAACUACCUUUACUAAAGUAUUGCAAGCCACUGAUUUAAUUAUUUCAUCUUUUUACAAUGAAAUUUAUUUUCUUAAAAUAUCACUUUUAGUCAAUAUCCCAAACAAUGGAAGAGCAAUCGACUUAUUCUCUUAUUUUUAAAGUAACUUUAGAUGCAGUAUGACUUGGUUAACCAUUAAGUGUACAUGGUGAUGGGAACACAAAAAAAGAAAUGACCUGUAGAUUGAAAAUCUCUUGCAGUUUAUUUUUAAGAAAUUUUCCUAUUCAUGGGUUUUGUUUUGUAAGUACAUUGUAUAUUAAAUUAUACUGGAUAAAAAAAUAAAUGUAUUUGAUUUCAAA